AUGAAGAUAACCGCCUUGUUUGUUCUCAAGUGCGCACCAGAAACUUCGGAUCCCGUCAUCCUCGCCAACGCUUUCGACGUCUCUCACGUCUACUCUUUUAGUCAAUAUAACGUCAAGCAGUUACUCGUCUUCACCGGUCGCACUGUCGCCAGCCGUACCCCUCCUUCCCAACCUCAGUCCAUCCAGCACGGAGAGUACAAGGCACACGCUUACAAUAGAAACGGCCUUUGCGCUGUGGGAUUAAUGGACGAUCAUUACCCUGUUCGUAGUGCCUUUUCUCUUCUCAAUCAGGUUUUAGAUGAGUACCAGAAGAGUUUUGGUGAGACAUGGAAGUCUGCUAAAGAAGACUCCACUCAACCUUGGCCCUACCUAGCCCAUGCUAUUACCAAAUUUCAGGACCCAGCAGAGGCUGACAAGCUGUUGAAAAUGCAGAGGGAGCUGGAUGAGACCAAGAUUAUCCUUCAUAAAACCAUUGAUAGCGUUCUAGCCCGUGGUGAAAAGCUAGACAGCCUAAUGGAGAAGAGCUCAGAUUUGAGCAUGGCAACGCAUUUGUUCUACCAGAAUUCUAAGAAAGCAAAUUCAUGCUGCACUAUUCUAUGA